CCUCCCUGCAGCCAGCAGAGCCUUUGUGGGAUUUUGCCUUCCUUCUCUUGCACCUAAGCUCCAUCUCCACCAGCACCAUGAGCCGCCAGUUCACCUGCAAGCCAGGAGCUGUUGCCAAGGGAGGCUUCAGCGGCUGUUCUGCAGUGCUCUCUGGAGGCAGCUCAUCCUCCUACCGUGCAGGGGGUAAAGGGUUGAAUGGAGGCUUUGGCAGUAGGAGCCUCUACAGCCUGGGAGGUGCCCGGAGCAUCUCCCUCAACGUGGCCAGUGGCAGCGGAAAGAGCGGCGGUUUUGGAUUUGGCCGCAAUCGGCCCAGUGGCUUUGCAGGCAGCAUCUUCGGCAGCGUGGCUCUGGGGCCUGUGUGCCAGACCGUGUGCCCACCUGGAGGCAUCCACCAGGUCACCGUCAAUGAGAGCCUCCUGGCUCCCCUCAAUGUGGAGCUUGACCCUGAGAUCCAGAAAGUACGUGCCCAGGAGCGAGAGCAGAUCAAGGCGCUGAACAACAAGUUUGCCUCCUUCAUCGACAAGGUGCGCUUCCUGGAGCAGCAGAACCAGGUGCUGCAGACCAAGUGGGAUCUGCUGCAGCAACUGGACCUGAACAACUGCAAGAACAACCUGGAGCCCAUUCAUGAAGGUUACAUCAGCAACUUGCGGAAGCAGCUGGAGACGCUGUCUGGAGACAAAGUGAGGCUGGACUCAGAGCUGAGGAAUGUGCGUGAUGUGGUGGAGGACUACAAGAAGAGGUAUGAAGAGGAGAUCAACAGACGGACCGCUGCAGAAAAUGAAUUUGUGCUGCUCAAGAAGGAUGUGGAUGCUGCUUAUGCCAAUAAGGUGGAGUUGCAGGCCAAGGUGGACUCCAUGGACGAGGAGAUUAAGUUCUUGAAGGGUCUCUAUGAAAUUGAGCUUUCUGAGAUUCAGUCCCACAUCAGUGACAUGUCUGUCAUCCUGUCCAUGGACAACAACCGGAAUCUGGACCUGGACAGCAUCAUUGAUGAGGUCCGCACUCAGUAUGAGGAGAUUGCCCUGAAGAGCAAGGCUGAGGCUGAGGCUCUGUACCAGACCAAGUUCCAGGAGCUGCAGCUGGCAGCUGGCCGGCAUGGAGAUGACCUCAAAAACACCAAGAAUGAGAUCACAGAGCUCACCCGGCUGAUCCAGAGGCUCCGCUCAGAGAUUGAGAAUGCCAAGAAACAGGCUUCUAACCUAGAAACAGCCAUUGCUGAUGCUGAGCAGCGAGGAGACAAUGCACUCAAGGAUGCCCGGGCCAAACUGGAUGAGCUCGAGAGUGCCCUGCACCAGGCCAAGGAUGAGCUGGCCCGGAUGAUGCGGGAAUACCAGGAGCUCAUGAGCUUAAAGCUGGCCCUGGACAUGGAGAUUGCCACCUACCGCAAGCUGCUGGAGAGCGAGGAAUGCAGGAUGUCAGGCGAAUAUCCUUCCCCUGUCAGCAUCUCUAUCAUCAGCAGCACCAGUGGCAGCAGUGGCUUACGUCCCAACACUGUCAGUGGUGGCUAUGUAGCUAACAGCACCAGCUGCAUCUCUGGUGUGUGCAGCGUCCGCGGUGGAGAAGGCAGGAACCGGAGCAGUGCCAGUGAUUACAAGGAUACUCUGGGGAAAGGCUCCAGCCCAAGCACCUCCUCCAAGAAAGGCAGUCGAUAGAGAGGGCUGUCCAUGCCCUUCCUUACCCUAGGACCCUAGCUCUGUACCCCAUCCACACUAGCAGUCCCAUCUCUACCCUGCUGGUCCUACCUGUGACCCCCUCCCUUUGGAUGCCAACUCAUUUCUCCUGUCUGGGUCUUCUGAGCCUGGACGGGUGCAGACCAUUGUGCCUGGUGCAACACUUCCCAGCAUACCCUAUGGGAUCACCUCCUUAGCUGUGGUCCCCUAGCCACAUAGACAGCUCAACCCGGCUUCAGCUUGUCCUCUGCCAGCCCCGUCUCAGUCCUCAUUUAUGCUGCUGGGCUCCCAGGGCCUCAGACUGAUGCCCCCCAUAUGCUGGACCUUCCCCUCAGCUCCUGCUUCUGCUGGGGGCUGGCAUUAUGUUAGAAGGAAGACUGAAGGACCUCUGGGCAAGAGUGACCCAGGCCCAUCCCACCUUGACACAGCAUCAUGGCUCAUUCUGAGUGGGACUAAGCACAGCUCUAAGUCUCUCUCUUCACUCUUCUGCACCCAGAAACUCAGAAGAGGGACACUGUUUACUUCCCCUGUGUUCUUCAAAACCCUACCUGUUGCAUUCUCAAUAAACAGCACGAUCUCA